AUGGGAGAAGUGUGUGUGCGGGUUGCGGUUCGGAUCAGACCUUUGCUUCCCAAAGAGGUGCUACACAAUCAUCAGGUGUGUGUGCGCGUGGUGCCCGACAGCGCCCAGGUGAUGCUGGGAAGCGACCGAACCUUUUCUUUUGACCACGCCUUUGGACCGACUGCAUCGCAGGAUCAGUUUUACGAGUCAUGUGUCAAACCUCUGGUGGCAUCCCUCGUUGACGGCUACAAUGCUACAGUGUUCGCUUACGGACAAACCGGUUCUGGGAAGACGUACACCCUUUGCGGGGGACAUGUUGCAUCUCUGGUGGAGGAGGAAAGUGGGAUCAUUGGUCAGGUUGCAGCAGAUCUGUUUGUGCUCCUGGGGGAGAGGAGGGCUGCAGACGUCAGGGUGUCCUACGUGGAACUGUACCGGGAGGAGCUCAGGGACCUGCUAGAGCUCCACACCGCACACAGAGAGCUACACAUCAGAGAGGACGACAGGGGCAACACAGUUGUGGUGGGGGCCAGAGAGACUGUGAUUACCUCAGCUGAGGAGUUGCAGAGUGUCCUGGAGGCUGGCAAUGCCCUGAGACACACUGGCCCCACUCAGAUGAAUGAGCGCUCCAGCCGCUCUCACGCAAUUGUCACCGUGCAGUUGACGCAGCAUAACCACAACGACGGCUCUGUCCGCUCCUCUAAACUCCACCUGGUGGAUCUGGCUGGUUCGGAGCGGGCUGCGCGCACUGGAAACACAGGCCUGCGCCUCAAAGAGUCUGUCCACAUUAACACCGGCUUGCUGGCUCUGGGCAACGUCAUCCGUGCACUCUCUGACCCCCAUCGCCGUGGCAACCAUGUGCCGUACCGUGACGCCAAGAUUACACGCCUCCUCCGGGACUCACUGGGUGGCUCCGCCCACACACUCAUGGUGGCCUGCGUCAGCCCCUCCCACCACAAUGUCACGGAGACGUUGAGCGUGCUGCAGUUUGCCUCACGGGCACGCCACGUGAAGAACCAGCCUGGGUUGUGUCCUGCCAGGGCAUGUCCGGGCUGGCAGCCUGGAGAGGCUCGUGUGGAGGAGCUGGAGCAGGAGGUCCAGACUCUGAGAGAGGCACUGAGAAAGAGGGAUAAGACAGGGGGAGGGGUCUUUAUGACUGACAGCUCCAAACAGACCCCUCAGGAAGAGCGUGACCACAGGGGUGCGGGCCUAGUGGAGGAGCCCCAGUACUGCUGCCUUGCACAGGACGCUGCCUUCAUAUUGAAGGAGCUCCAGAGUUCCACCCUGAGUCCUGCUCUGCAGCACCGCUUGCAGGAAUGGCUGGGGAGACACGAGGAGCUUAGCCACUCCUGCCACACUGAUCACCAGCACCCUGUGGGGGACACAGGGGACAAGCCUCACCACAACACCAUCCUCCAGCUCAGACGAGAGCUCAGGAAGUGCCAGGAUACUCUGGCUAUAGACGAGCAGGUGUUUGACCAGAGGGAGGCAGAGCUGCAGCAGGUGCAGAGGCAGGUGCAGACACUGCUACAGGAGAAACAGAGACACCUCCAAUCCUUACAGGAGGAGAGGGAGCACAGAUGCAAACAGAGCGAGCAGCUGGUAGAGCAGCAGCUGUUAAUCGAUCGUCUCCGCGGUGACCUCCUGACCUCCAGGAUGGCAUCCUCGGGAGCCUCGCUGGAAACCGGGGCUUCUGGGAAGUCUGUGAAGAGACCUCACAGUGUUCCCCUGAUCAGCCAAGGCCAUUGUGGUACAAGGAAGAUCCACACUAGUCCUCCGGCCUGUUCGUUGGAGAGGGUGAUGGCUGCCUUUAAGACCCGCAGUCAGCUGCUGCUGGCACAGAUAGAAGAGAGAGACGAGGUCAUCUGCCCACAAAGAGAACAGGAGGAAAACCUGGGGACAGACAACAUGGCUGUCUUUCAAAAUGGAGCCUGUAAAGACUCGGAGGAAAAGCUGCCUGAGAGACGCACGUGGCUGGAGCAAGAGGAGGAGCGUGCUCUGCAGAGGAGGAGGGGCCUGCAAGAGCUGGAGGAGGAGCUGAGGCACAGAGAAGAAGUGCUGCAGCACCGAGAGGCCUGUGUCCAGGAGAGGAAACAGCUGCAGAUCAAGAGGCUCCGCUCCAGCCAGGCUCUGAGUCAGGACUUGCUGCGAGUGUCGGCUCGUCUGGGAGCUUUGGAUCAGGAGCUGGAGGAGAGAGGAGGUGUAAGGAGGAGACUGUCCUCCCCGGCAGCAGGGCUGUGUGGAGUGUCUAUGGAGGAGCUGCUGAAGGAGAGGGAGAGCCUGCGUCUGAGGAGGGACACCCUGGACACACAGCUGAGAAACGGCAGGGUGCUCAUGCCAGAGGAGGAGCAUGCUCUGCUGCAGUUGGAGGAGGCCCUGGAGGCGUUGGAUGCUGCUGUAGAGUUUAAGAACCGUUCCAUCCAGGAGAGACAGAGAGAGCUCGGGGACACAUCUAACCCUGCCCAUGGAGACGAAGACGAUGACAUCAUGAGGGCGCUAAGGGAGCUGCCGCUUCCAGAGGCCUCUGCACUGUUGGUCAAAUACUUCAACAAGGUGGUGUGUCUGAGGGAGUCGGAGCAGCAGCUGCAGCUGCGCUGUGAAGAGCUGGAGCUGCAGAGUGGAGAGCAGGAGGCAGUGACCAGGGAGAUGGAGGCAGCUCUACAGCGCCUCACUCUGGACACAGACCGGCGGCUCACUGAGCAGCAUCGAGAGCACCAACAUAGCAUACAGUUACUACUGCAGCAGUGCCGAGGGAACAGUGGUCAGGCGGUCCAGGCUAGGCUGCAGCAGCUGGAGAGAGACCUGUUCUUCUAUAAGAGCUCCAGUCGUGAGCUGAAGAGGAAGCUCCGAGAGCUGGUCACCAAAUCGCUCCCCCCCCAGGUUCCAGACCUGCAGACCCAGGGCAGGAAGGGGGCCAGUGAUGGAGCAGGGGACAGCCCCAGGCUGCAGACUCCCAGAGUGGAGCUGGCCCCUGUCCGUCUGUCCCGUAGGGAGCUGAGGCAGCUCUCACCCUCUGACCCCCGCAGCACUAGGGUGCGCUCUACCAUGAGGGCCAGCAGAGGCUCAUUCCAGGAAGACUCCAUUGAAGUGCCCAGAAACACUUACUGACCAGGAGGCUCGAGCACAUAUCAACCACUUUUUUCAUUCGUCCACACUGAUCUAGAAGAAGAGGUCAGGUGAAUCUAAGUCAAAUAAGAUCAAUGUGGAUGAAGGAGAGGAGACAAGGAACAGAAGCCACUAACUGUGAAACUGUUGAGACACGUCAAAUGAUUCCACGGAGUGAAAACCCUCUCUGCACUUUACACCACUAAAGUCUGACUGAAUUGCACUUCAAACUGCAGACUCAUCAGUUAGUCAGAGAUAGAUGAGCCCACAGCUA